CUCCUCCUCAACACCAUGAAGCAGAUCUGCCUCUGUGCCGCUGCCUCCUUUGCGGUACGUCCCUGCCCUCCAUCCCCGCUCCCCUUCAGUCCUGCACACGGGAGUCAGGACUGGACCAAGAAUGAUGAGAAGCUCCUGCAAGCUGUGGACUACAACGAUGCUGGAAAGGUGGCAUCCCUCCUCGUCCGCAAGGGCCUGGUCCCCACCAAGCUGGAUUCUGAGGGCAAAUCUGCGUUUCAUCUGGCUGCCACACGGGGGAAUGCAGACUGCCUUGAAGCCAUGCUAGCUCACGGUGUGGAUGCCAUGACCAAAGACAGCUCAGGUUACACUGCCCUGCACCUGGCAUCCAAGCACGGCCACCCACAAUGUGUCAGCAAGCUGCUGCAGGCCUCCUGCCCUGUGGAUGUAGCUGACAGCAGUGGCCAGACGGCGCUGCACCAUGCAGCAAUCAGUGGCUGCAUCCCGUGCUCAGAGAUCCUCUGCGAUUACAAAGCUCCCCUGAACAUUAAGGAUAAGAAUGGCUGCACUCCGUUGAUCCUUGCUGCCAAAAUGAGCCACUCAGAGCUCUGCCAGUACCUGCUGCACCGUGGAGCAGCCAUCAACAGCCGGGACCUGCAGGGGAAGACAGCCCUGAUGCUGGCCUGUGAGAAUGGCAGCGUGGAGACCGUGGAGGUGCUCAUCAAUGCUGGUGCACGGGUGGCCUUGGUGGAUUCGAUGGGCCACGAUGCUGCACACUACAGCCUGUCCACGGGCAACGCUCUCAUCCAGCACUUCCUGCAAGAGGCUGCUCAGCGCCAGUCCUGGGCCAGUGAAGAGGAGACAUCUGAGCAGACGUCCCAGACAUCUUCACCCAGCCAGUCAGCAGGCAGAGAGAAAAGCAACACUCCGAGGAAGAGAAAAGCUCCCCUGCCUCCCCCAGGUACCCCAGGCCAGGAGGACCAGGAUGCUUACGAGGAGAUUGUGAGGCUGCGGCAGGAGAGGGCACAGUUCUUGCAGAAAAUCCGGGGCUUGGAGCAGCAGGAGAAGGAGAGACGAGAGCAGGCAGAGCUGGAUAAAGGCUCCCUACGCUCCAUGGAGAAGCAGAUCCAAGAGCUGGAGGAGAGGCUGGCAGCACGGGAGAGAGAGAAGGAACGGCUGGGGAAGGAGGUGGAGGCUCUGCAGAGCCGUUUGUCCUCGCAGGAGAAUGAGAAGGAAAACACGAGCUACGACAUCGAGACGCUGCAGGACGAGGAGGGAGAGCUGCUCGAGUUCCCAGGGGCAGAGCUGCUGCUCUCCAAGAAGACUCUGAGCCCUUCGGCUGAGGAGCUGCUGGCCACGCUGCAGGGCCAGGUGCAGUCGCUCACCAUGCAGAACAAGGAGCUGAGGGAGAAGAUACAGGUCCUGGAGAACUUCGAGCGGGACGAGAGUGACCCAUCUUCCCCUGAGGACUUUGUGCCUGCCAGCCUCUACAACUCCCUCAAGCGUGAGCUGGAGAGGCUGCAGGCUCAGGGUGCCGAGCGUGGGAGGCAGAGCCUUGCAACAGGGCCAGGUGGAAAAGGCAGCAAGGAGCAGCGGUGCAGCACUGAGCACCAGGUCCAGAGCCGCUGUGAGCUGCGGGUGCCCCUCCAGCAGCCUCCCUCCAGCCCCGACGAGCGUGGCACUGAGCUGGCCGAGGCUCGGAUGGCCCUGAAGCAAGCAAAGGCAGCGCUGGAGGAGCGAGAGCAGCAGGUGAGGGAGCUGCAGGGCCGCUUGGAGGCUGGUGGUGCCCAAGAGGAGGCACUGCGGGAGAAGGCGGCCCUGCUGGAGCGCUGCAGCCGAGCAGAAGCGGUGGCGGAAGCGAUGAGAUGUGAGAUGGAAGCCAAGACACAGAGCUGGCGGGCAGGCAACGCACCCGAGCUGGAGCCAGGAGUGCCAGAGCAGCGCAUGGCCGAGCUGGCAAGGCAACACGGGGAGCUGACAACUCAGCUGGGGCAGCUGCAAGAGGUGCUGGGCCGCAGGGAGGCUGAGCUGGAAACCCUGCGAGAGCAGCUGGCAGCCCGGCCAGUGGGACGGAAGGAGCACGAGGAGGUGCUGGCCCGGCUGCAGCAGGCGCAGAGGGAAGCCAAGAGCCAGGUGUCUCCAGAGGAGCACGCUCGGGCCACGGCGGCGUUGCAGCAGCAGCUGCAGGCGCUGCAGCAGCGGGCAGAUCGGCUGCAAGCUGUGGCAGAAGCCAAAGGACGCGAGGCUGCGAGGCUGCAGGCUGAGCUGGAGACGGCGGUGCCGCGUGGGGAGCACGAGGCGGCGCAGGAGGGGCUGAGGGCCGAGGCGGCGGCGUUGAGCCAGAGGUUGAAUGAGCUGUCGCGACGGCACGAGAAGACGUGCGAGGAGGUGUUCAGGGUGCAAAGGCAGGCGUUGUUCAUGAAGAGUGAGAGGCAGGCGGCCGAGGAGCGGCUGGCCGCGGUGCAGCAGCAGCUGGCCGAAGCACGAGAUGAAACACGGCGCUUGCAGGACCUCCACGGCCACGUAGAGGAUUCAGCCCGGUUGGUCAGGGACAGGGAUAGGAAGAUCACUGAGCUCUCCAAGGAGGUCUUCAGGCUGAAGGAGGCCCUGAAUGCUCUCCCAGAGUCCAAGGGAGUGAUGCAGACCCCCCCCGAAACUGCUGCCAUGCAGUCCAGGAUCCGGGCACUGGAGGAGAAGCUGGCGGUGGGUAUCGGGGUGCCUGGUGGGUUCCCAGGUCCUCACCCCGAGCCCAAGGCUGCUUGCUCUCUUUCAGGAGACGGAGCUGCAGCACAGCAAGGUGGUCAAGCUGUACCGGAGCCACCUGCUCUACGCAGUGCAAGUGAGCUGGGACAUGGCAGUGGGGACAGUGCCAUAGGGGACUACUGCACCAUGCGUGCAUCAGUGCCCAGGGGUGGCAGCAAGGGAUCCACAGACUGCCAACUCACUGAGCUCCUGAAUGUCUCUCUGCCCCAGGGCCACAUGGAUGAGGACGUGCAGAGGCUGCUGUGCCAGAUCCUGAAGAUGCAGAGGCUGCAGGAGCAGGGCAGAUGAAUCCCCACCAGCAAGGCAGUACCACAGGAACCAUGGGCACAGCCAGCAAC